UGAACCGGUAUUUGUGGUCAGGUGUCCCAAAUUGGUUUGCGUGGUUCCCAACCGUCAUAUGCCCUCCGCUAUCACCUAUAAACACAUGUCUUUCCUCAAGACUGUCAUUAUAAUUCUCAAUUUCAUACUAUGGCUGUUCGGGUGGACUAUUCUGGGAAUCGGCAUUUGGCUGCGAGUGGACCCGAAAUCCUACGAACCAAGUCGCUUCAUCGACACCGACAAUAUGAUUCACGCCAGUCUUAUUAUGAUUAUCACUGGUUUUGUAAUUAUUUUGAUUGGAUUCGUUGGACUCAUUGGAGUGAUCACUGAAAACUCUUGCCUUUUAGCGACAUUCUUCACAGUCCUCACGUGUCUAUUCGUUAUGCAAAUCGCAGCCAUUGUUUUGGGAAUAUUUCACGGAUUUGGAGAAAGAUUGGAGAUAUUUGCUAACGAAGAGAUACUACAGAACCUACAACAGGCCCAAUACAACGACCAGUCGCGCAGAUUCCUCGACUUCUUUCAGGUUAAGUUGAGAUGUUGUGGCGCCCAAUCAUUUAACGACUACGCGAGGUAUGGGAUGACAAUCCCGACGUCCUGUUAUUUGGCCGGAACUACAUAUGUUAACGAACAGGGUUGUGGUCGAGCGCUGAGAAGAUUCCUUGAGCUGAGAUCCGGAAUAAUUGGUUUAUUACAUCAACUAUUGUAUAAGUUU